AAACGAUGUGUGUUACACUUGGAUUAAUGGCACAAAAAUCACUCCAUACCAGAGCCGCGAGACUGAAGUACUAAAAGCUUAGAAGGAGUAGUGGACACUGAUUUAGGGUGAGGACUAUAAUGAAUCAAAAUAUUGCAACAGAUUGUUGUGGCUGAAACAUCACGUGCGUUUUGCCGUGCCAUCCCUCCGGGCCACCGUACUGCGUAACACGUGACGGCGUGAGUCAAAACAACGGCUACAAGUGGGUGUUGAUCUCUGUUCAUAGCAUUUGAGUGUUUCGCUGUUGCUUUAGCCUAAAACUAAAGAGUAACUUUAAAGAAGAUAAACGUAUAGUGUCUAUCGGUUACGGAAUGGAGGGUUUGCGGAAGGUCGCGCGACGCCGGAAGAGAGAUUAGCAUCAGCAUGCGGGUGCUAACGCUAGGUUAGCUAUUUUAGCCAAUAUAUCAGUCAAUGAGCAUCACAUCUGUGAGAUUUUGAGUUUCAUAAAAGUCUGAAUUUUGGUCACAGCCAAAAAUAUUGGGACCGACGCAUGCGCACGUCACUAAACAAACCCCGUUUUCUGUGAAGCGGAUAACAUCAAAGAGGAUGUACAACGACAAUCCCUAGGAGACGUUUUACAUCAAAGCAAAGGCACCGCUUCCCUGAGAGGAAAGCAGACUAAACAAUCGCAGUGUAACAGACACGAUAGUCAAGACCGAGAGGUGAGAGUCGACCAUGCCGGAUCUGGACGCCCUCGUUGUGGCCUUCCAGACCCAGCUGUCUGAUGUGAUGGAGACUGUGGUGAAGACGGCGAUGUUUGAGGUCACGCGCUUGGUGGAGGACGUCUUCCUGGUGGAGGUGAGGCGGAGGAGGCGGGAGCUGGAGUCUCUGAGGAUGCAGCUGCAGCGGAAUGAGGAGCAAUUCAGGGGAGACAAAGCAAGAUCCAAGACUCUCCUUGAAAGCUCGGGGAACGGUGUGGACCAAGCGGGCGACUGUGAGGAAACUGGAGACUGCGAGGAGGACACGACCUCUGGCUGUGAUGUGAAAACCCCGCGGGAUUCUGUUGGAUGCUGGAUGUCCAGCCUCAGACGAGACGACAGAACGGGUGCAGAGGAUGAAGCUGCGGCCGCACAGAAUCCUGACCCCGACCAGCAGGCUGCAAAACCAGAGGAUCAGAUGUCUACUUUGGAUGUGAAAGAGGAAGAAGUGAACGCCCCGUGCUGUUCCUCUCAUCAUCUGAGCAGUUGGGGAAGUACAUUUGAUGACAGAACAGGACCCGAGUCCAGCAACGCAUGUGAAGCAGCCGAAGUCAGACCCAAGAAGGCUGAGGAAAACGGUGACGAUUUUUUGAAGAGCUCUAAUAGGCAAGACUCUCACAUAUCAGCUGCAUACCAGUAUCCCGAGGACCAGCCAGAGGCGCGCUCGGCCGCUGAUCAGCCUCAUUUUUCCUCUUUGGAACUGGACACAGGUUGGAUUGGUCUUCCCGGUCUGCUGCAGAGCCACAGACCCGACAAGGAAUGCGAUCCGGUCAAAAGCAAAGGUUCUGCAGCUCGAGAAGAGCCUGAGGUGUGUGACUCUGUGAGAGCAGAUGUUCAGCUCUCUUUGGGUGCAGAUCCCGUUUCAUCCUCGGGUUCCCCUGAAGCCAGGAUGCAGCACAGCAGCAUGCUGGGUGUGGCUGUCAAGAAGGAGGCCCUGAUCAGUUCAGGAGGGUCUGAGCCAAGCGAACGAGCAGAAAAAAAGUUUAAAAAACCCGGAAGGGCAUCUGCAUCUGAUUCAGGGAAACCGCACCGGGUGAUUUUGGAAACGCACAAAUUCAACAGCUCUUACAAUAAGGGCUCUGUGCUGGAAGGUAUGAAGCCUCAGUCUAAAGUAGAUUCAGGUUUGAGCUUACAUGAAGCUAUAGAGCACAUCCAUCGACCGCUGAAAAAGCCCCCAAGUGUUCGGACCUCUGCAUCCCCGUCUGUAGCUCUCUCAUUGGUUGGAAACCUCAGUAACUCCAACAGGAUUCCCUCCACAUCCAAAGCUGCCCCUUCUGCCGCCCUCUCCGUGCAGCGGCUCCACCUGAACCGGACCAACGCCUCAUGGGUGGGCCUUAAAUCCCAGCUUCAGCCUGCAACCUGUCAGCACUCCAACCCCGCCCCCCACGCCGAAUCCCACCCUCACAUUGGCUCCAGACACCUCCUGCGCUGCGGCCAGUGUGGCAAGUGUUUUCCUCACCCCAGCAACUUAAAGGCCCACCUGCAGACGCACACGGGCGAGCGGCCAUUCUGCUGCUCGCUCUGCGGACGCAGCUUCACCAAGCUGAGCAACCUGAAGGCCCAUCGGCGGGUUCACACCGGGGAGAGGCCAUACUGCUGCCUAGCCUGCGGUAAAAGGUUCACGCAAAAAUGUAACCUAAAACGACACCAGAGGAUCCAUCUGGAUGUAUGAUGGUGGAGAGCAGAGAUGUCUAGAAAUACUCUGGUGUUUGUAUCUACUGCGUUGUGAAUCAUAAAUGUUUAAGUUAUAACGUAUGUGCGUAACAUUUGUGUCUGUUGAAGUGGUAAACUCCUCAUUCAAGUAUGUUUUGAAUGCUCAGAUUGAAUUCUUGUUAUUUUUUUAAGAAAGAGUCCCCUUUUGUCAGCUCAGAUGUUUACACAGAAAUAUUUGGAUAGAAUUGCAUCGCAGCAUCAGGAACAUUUACUAAAACGUUGGGUCAAACUACUUCAUCAAUUUGGUUUUUCUUCAGACGAUACUCAUUCAUUUCGAUGACUGAUUGAACAAAUAUCGACUUACUUGUCAGAUUUCCUUUCUGAAAACAAUGUGGUUUGCUAAUAGAUAUGUUUUUGCAUACGUAGCUCUCUAGAGUGAACACAAGUGGAACAAUCUGUUCUUAAAAGUGUCAAUUCCUAUGUAAAAAAAACACAAGGAACUUGUUUACUGCCUAAAAAUAAAAGAAACUGUUUAAAACAA